GCUCUGAAACGAAAGGGGUGACAGAAAAAAAAAAAAAAAACCAAAAAAAUCUUAAUCUUGGGAGGUGGGCAUUAAUAAUACUGAGAAUACUUUGAGCCCUUUUCAGUUCUUGGCUUGUUUGUGGUGUUUCAAUCUAAUUCUUGGUAAGAACCCUUCAAUAUCUUCUCUUUGAUCAUCCAAUUCCACUGUGAAAAAUUGGUUCUUUGAUGUUGUAAUAAUAGUUAGUGAUGAUCCCUUUUGCUGUGUAAGUUUGGGGUUUGGUGUUGUACCAAGAAUUUGUUUUGAGGAAUGAAUCUUGAUUGGAAGUUGUUGUAGAAAAGGGGGAUUUUUAGGGGAAUUAAGAAACCCAUAUUUUCAAGAGGCUGAGAAGGGUUGCCUUAGAUCCAUGAAACCCAUACUCCAUGUGGCAAAAAAGUUAGCAUCUAUAAGUGUUUCCAUGUGAAUCUUGAGGGGGUUGGUUUUCCCUUUUCUCCGAGGUUCUUUCAAUGACUUUUCUCUUCUAACAGCAGCUAUGGAUAAGGGUUUGAUUUUGUCCUUUUUCUCCAUUCUCCCAAGUAUAUAAGGGUUGGUGGUGGGGUUGAGAUUUGGUAUUCUUGGGGGUAAUUCUUUUCUAGAAGGAAAGAGUAUGGGAAAUAUUUAGAUCCCCUGUUUUAAUUUUAUUUUUUCUAUUUUUGGAAGUGUAAAUCCUAUAUUUGACAUCCAGAUCUGAUUCCCCCAAGAUCCCUGUUUCAUUUCCAGAUGUUUUACUUUCACUGUUGAAUCCAGUGUCUUGUAUUUCUUGUUGUCUUCAAUCUUGUUGUGCUUCUUGUUCCACCUCUUGUUUACUUCUUUUGUCAACUGCUCCGUGGUUGGGGUAUUGUCUUUUAGUUGUUGAAUUCGUACACUAUCGAUCCCUUUUUAUGCAUUGAAGAAUCUUCUCCGAUGUUUGUUGCUUGAAAGGAACAAAAAGAUCGACUUUCCGAGUCUGAAUAGAUUUACCAACGUUUUGUCUUUAUUGCUUUAAAGAACAAGAAUGAUGGAAGAGAUUUCUCCAGCAGUUGCAGUUACACUUAGCUUAGCUAAUCCUGUGUGUGAAAAUUCUGGGAUUUCGAACCACAUGGAAAUCGCACGUCUCAAACUAGUGACAGAAACGGUGACGUUGCUGUCGGAUCCAGCACUGAUGUUGGAUGAUAAUUCCAGUUAUUGUUGGGAUGCCGGUUAUAGUUCCAUAAGCCAUAUAAGUAAUGAAACCCCUUCAGUGCUGGGGAGAAGCAAAGCUGAUCUUCACAUACUAAAGACAAUAGGGAUCACUGAAAACAGUCAGCUAGUUCACGAUGUUCAGGAAAGUGAAGAAGAUGAGAUUCUCUCGGUCGUGGAAGACCCUAGCUUGAUAAGUAGCCUGGGAUUACUACCCUUAGAUCCUACUUCAGAUAUAAGCGUGCCUCUAGAUGCUGCUUCCGAGAUCAGUGUGCCAAUAGCUGUUGAAAUUGAGGGCACUGAAAACGGUCAAUUAGUCGCAAAGGUCAUCAGUGUGGAGGAAAGAAGUGUGCGACAGAGAGUGUCGGAUGAUGCAGUGGCAGUAUCUAGUAAACCGAAUGAAGAAAGUUCCAGUGGACCUACAAUAAAAGCAUCUGUAAUUGCUGUUCAGUUGUCGAGCCAGAAGGAGCAGAGCAAAGGUGGUGUGAAGAGUGUUUAUGAAUUGGACUGUGUUCCAGUUUGGGGUUCGGUUUCGAUCUGCGGGAAUAGGCCGGAGAUGGAAGAUGCUGUUAUGACCGCACCUAAUUUCAUGAGAAUUCCUAUUAAAAUGUUUAUUGGCGAUCGAGGAAUUGAUGGGAUAAAUCAGACUUUAAGUCAACUGACUUCUCAUUUUUUCGGGGUUUAUGACGGUCAUGGUGGAUCUCAGGUUGCAAAUUACUGUCGGGAUCGUGUCCAUCAGGCUUUGGUGGAGGAGUUAAACAAUUGUAACAAUGAUAUGAUGAACGGGAUCGCCCGAGACACGAGGCAGGUGCAGUGGGAAAAGGUCUUCACCAGUUGCUUUGCAAAGGUUGACGAAGAAGUCGGGGGGAAUGGGAGCACUGGUGCACCCAUUGCCUCGGAAACGGUUGGAUCGACUGCUGUGGUUGCAGUCGUUUCAUCGUCCCACAUAAUAGUUGGCAACUGUGGAGAUUCGCGGGCUGUCCUUUACCGUGGCAAAGAAGCGAUCGCAUUGUCCAUUGAUCACAAACCAAACCGCGAGGACGAAUAUGCUAGAAUUGAAGCAUCUGGAGGAAAGGUCAUACAAUGGAAUGGACACCGUGUUUUUGGCGUUCUUGCAAUGUCUAGGUCUAUUGGUGACAGAUACUUGAAGCCAUGGAUCAUCCCAGAGCCAGAGGUCAUGUUUGUGCCUCGAGCUAGAGAAGAUGAGUGUCUUGUUCUGGCCAGCGAUGGCUUGUGGGACGUCAUGACAAACGAGGAAGUAUGCGAAGUGGCUAGAAAACGGAUUCUAAUCUGGCACAAAAAGAACGGAACUAACUCGUUAGCAAACAGAGGCCAAGGUGUCGACCCGGCCGCUCAAGCGGCAGCUGAGUACCUCUCCAACCUUGCGAUGCAGAGAGGGAGCAAGGAUAAUAUAUCCAUAAUUGUAGUGGACCUGAAAGCUCAGAGGAAGUUCAAGAGCAAGUCUUGAUGACGCCCUGUUGACAACUACUGGUUCUGAUAUAGUUUGAUACAGGUAUCAAGGAAGCACCUCAUUAUUACAUAACUGGUCCAUAAAUUUUUCACAUGGGCUUGAAGUGUGUAUGAGGAUUAGCUGUCCUAUGAUGUAAUAUAGAAACAAAUGAGGAAUUACCUGUUGUACUAAUUUUGGCUAUCCACCAUUGCAAUUCAAACCUACGUAAAUUGGAUAAUGUUGUAUCAUGGUAGAAUAAGGUGGUGGAAUCUAGACCAUGUCGCGGGGCAUGCUGACGGUGGAUCGACGACGCCCUCCCAAGAAGGGUUGUCAGUCGUUGGAUCAUACAUGCCCAUUCUCCCAACAAGGGUUGUCAGUCGUUGAAUCAUACAUGCCCAUUCUCCCAAUAGGGUUUAUCAGUCGUUGGAUCAUACAUGCAAUGAUGACAGUGGGCGGUAUUACAAAUACAACUUCCUAUUUAGAUUAACA